CCCGGCUAUGAGUACAAACCUAUGUUGAGGAGGAAGAAGCAAAAACGCGGGAAAGGCAAAAAGGGUGUCGAAGAAAAGGCCAUGACCAUUGCUCAGGAGGCUACCUUCAUUCUUUAUAGCCCGCCUACUCGCACGACCCCCGAGCCAGAGGUCGCGACACCCCAGAUCGCUACUCCUGCGCUCACAUUCCCCAUCCCGGAUGUGUUCGCUUGUGCUCAACCUCUCUCGUACCCUGCUCCGGUCGUACCUCAGGUUCGUCGAACUGUUCUCCUUGUACGGGAUUCACACUGACUUAUCACUGCUCCAGUACGACUUUGCUGACGGGACUAUGCGGCCACCUCAAUCCAUCCAAGUCGGCCCUCAGAUGAGACCAGAGGCGAACGCAAAUACUCCUUGGUAUCCACAUGGCAUGCCUAUGGUCAACGUCGACAGUGACUUCUCUCUCGGGUCAGAGCUAGGCAUGUCGGACUUUAGCAACUUGGACGAUGGCGUGACCUUGUCGUUGUUCGAUGCAGGCUAUUACCGGUAUCCGUCUGGCGGGCCUAUCGGAGGCUUCGGGUUGGGGCCAGGUGCUUCGAACUUUGACGAUGGCGCGACCCCGCCGCUGCACAAUACGGAUGAGUAUUUUGACUUUGGCGCUUUUCCCUCCUAAAUAUGUAUGCAUGGACAAAAAGAACAACGACUACUGUAUUUGACAAAAGGUCCGUUUGUAAUUGUUAUCUUUACGCUAUAUCCAUUGUUGGGUAGUUCUUCCCUUACUGCCCACAAAUAUUCCAAAAAAUAGGUAUCUAUAGUUGAUCUAUAGCAAAUAAAAAAUCAGAAAAUCGUACCAGCCUAACCGCUGUAUAUAUAUUAC